AUGCUUUUCCAUGGCCUACAUCUCAUCGCAGUUUUUUCGAUCUUCUCUUCCUCAAUCUCUCUCCCACACUCUUUGGCGCCGCUCCUUCCGCCGCUCAAGGGCGGAACCCCAGGGAACUUUGCCUUGAACGUAUCCGGAGCUGGAACCAUCGACGAUUUGUCAUCCUCCGUCAUGAAAUUGGCGUCCGAGGACGUGGAUGUGGUAGCAAAGAGAAGGGCGAUCUUGAGGCACCUUGCCGGCAGCAUGCAGAGCAGCGUCUGCCAUUCGGAUGAGAAGCGAACUCAACCGCAGUCCACCUCCUCCAUCGUGCUGUCAGGGUAUCCGAGGGAAGCUCAAGGGAGAGUGAAGGGGAACAACACUGGGAAGUCAGUCUGGGACGACAGCUACGAAACCCCCCCGCUGAGCGAAGAGGACGUUCCGUUCUCGCUCCCAGGACUCUCCAACCUUGGCCUCGAAGAUUUCGACAUCGGCUACCUGCGGAAACGGGAGCAGGAGAAGAAUAGGCUGAUAGCGUCGGACCCCAAGUACGCCAGGGAUCCGGACCUGCUCGUUGAGGCUCUCUACCCCAGCAGGCCCGCCAAUCGCUCCGACCUGCUGGAGGUGUCGCCUGCCAAGUUCGCCCUCGCAGUCGUUCGAGCGAUGGGGUGGAAUGGAACAAAGCAGGAGUUGCGAGCGAUGAAGAGGAGGUACAAGGAAGAUCGGAUGGCUGAGUUGGGCCCCUGGGGUCCCAAGGGCCCUCCGCCGGUUGAAAUGCAUUCGCCGUCCACUUCAGAGCCGAUGAAUGAUCCUGUUGGUGCCCUCGAGCGCGCGAUAGAUGAGAUCUCUUCCAACGAGUUGAUUUUACAACCCUCCAGCCAUCUGCAGUCGAGGCGCACAAAAAUUCUCCAGCUGGGUCCCCAGACCUGA